AUGGCAGAACGGGCCGAUCUGGUCUUUCACAAUAAAGCGAUAGAUGGAACUGCCAUGAAACGACUUAUUAGUAGAUUAAUAGAUCAUUUUGGAAUGGCAUAUACAUCACACAUUCUGGAUCAAGUAAAGACUCUGGGUUUCCGGCAAGCCACUCUGACAUCAAUUUCAUUAGGAAUUGAUGAUCUUUUAACAACGCCUUCUAAGGGAUGGUUAGUACAAGAUGCGGAACAACAAAGUUUGAUUUUGGAAAAGCACCAUCAUUAUGGGAAUGUACACGCAGUAGAAAAAUUACGCCAAUCAAUUGAGAUAUGGUAUGCUACAAGUGAAUAUUUGAGACAAGAAAUGAAUCCAAAUUUCAGGAUGACUGAUCCUUUUAAUCCAGUCUAUAUAAUGUCCUUUUCGGGAGCUAGAGGAAAUGCAUCUCAGGUCCACCAAUUAGUAGGUAUGAGAGGAUUAAUGUCGGAUCCCCAAGGACAAAUGAUUGAUUUGCCCAUUCAAAGCAAUUUACGCGAAGGGCUUUCUUUAACGGAAUAUACCAUUUCCUGUUACGGAGCCCGCAAAGGAGUUGUGGAUACUGCUGUACGAACAUCAGAUGCUGGAUACCUCACGCGUAGACUUGUUGAAGUAGUUCAACACAUUGUUGUACGUAGAACGGACUGUGGCACUAUCCGAGGUAUUUCCGUAAGUCCUCGAAAUGGGGUUGGGGUGACGGAAAGGAUUUUUAUCCAAACACUAAUUGGUCGCGUAUUAGCGAACGAUGUAUAUAUGGGUCUGCGAUGCAUUGCGACUCGAAAUCAAGAUAUUGGGAUUGGACUUGUCAAUCGAUUCAUAACCUCUCGGGCACAACCAAUAUAUAUUCGAAGCCCCUUCACUUGCAGGAGUACAUCUUGGAUCUGUCAAUUAUGUUAUGGUCGGAGUACCACUCACGGUAACCUGGUCGAAUUAGGAGAAGCUGUAGGUAUUAUUGCGGGUCAAUCAAUUGGAGAACCGGGAACUCAACUAACAUUAAGAACUUUUCAUACCGGUGGAGUAUUCACAGGCGGUAUCGCAGAACAUGUACGAGCUCCUUCUAAUGGAAAAAUUAAAUUCAAUGAGGAUUUAGUUCAUCCCACACGUACACGUCAUGGACAUCCCGCUUUUCUAUGCCAUAUAGACCUGCAUGUAACUAUUGAGAGUCAGGAUAUUAUACAUAAAGUGAAUAUUCCACCAAAAAGUUUUCUUUUGGUUCAAAACGAUCAAUAUGUAGAAUCAGAACAAGUGAUUGCUGAGAUUCGCGCUGGAACAUCCACUUUAAAGGAGAGGGUUCAAAAACAUAUUUAUUCUGACUCAGAGGGAGAGAUGCACUGGAGUACCGAUGUGUACCAUACACCUGAAUAUACGCAUGGUAAUGUUCAUCUCUUACCCAAAACAAGUCAUUUAUGGGUAUUAUCAGGAAGUCCAUGCAGAUCCAGUAUAGUGCCUUUUCCACUCCACAAGGAUCAAGAUCAAAUGAAUGUUCAAUCUCUUUAUGUCGAAGAGAGAUAUAUUUCUGACCUCUCGAUGAAUAAUGAUCGAGUGAGACACAAAUUGUUUGGGUGGGAUCAAAAAAGGGGGAGGGUUUCUUAUUAUUCAGGACCUGAUCGAAUCAUAUCCAACAGGAAUUGGGAUUCCAUAUAUCCUCUUAUUCUCCACGAGAAUUCUGAUUUAUUGGCGAAGAGGCGAAGAAAUAGAUUCAUCAUCCCAUUCCAAUAUGAUCAAGAACAGGAGAAGGAACUAAGGCCUCCUGGUAUCGUGAUUAAAAUACCCAUAAAAGGUAUUUUACGUAGAAAUAGUAUUCUUGCCUAUUUCGACGAUCCCCGAUACAGAAGAAGUAGUUCAGGAAUUGCCAAAUAUGGGACCAUAGAAGUCGAUUCGAUAAUAAAAAAAGAAGAUUUAAUUGAAUAUCGAAAGACAAGAGAGUUUGGACCAAAAUACCAAAUCCAAAUCAAAGUAAAUCGAUUUUUUUUCAUUCCUGAAGAAGUGCAUAUCUUACCUAGAUCUUCGUCCAUAAUGGUACGGAAUAAUAGUAUCAUUGGAGUAGAUACACGAAUCACUUUGAAUAUAAGAAGUCAAGUAGGCGGCUUGGUCCGAGUGGAGAAAAAAAAAAAAAGGAUUGAAUUGAAAAUAUCUUCUGGAGAUAUCCAUUUUCCUGGAGAGACGGAUAAUAUAGCCCGGUACAGCGGCAUCUUGAUACCACCUGGAAGGGUAAAAAACACGGAAUCAAAAUUCAAAAAUUGGAUCUAUGUCCAACGGAUCACACCUAUCAAGAAAAAGUAUUUUGUUUCAGUCCGACCCGUAGUGACAUAUGAAAUCGCCGAUGGGAUAAAUCUAGCAACGUUUUUUCCCCAGGAUCUGUUGCAGGAAAAGAAUAAUUUGCAACUACGAGUUGUCAAUUAUAUUCUUUAUGGAGAUGGCAAACCCAUUCGAGGAAUUUUUCACACAAGCAUUCAAUUAGUUCGGACUUGCUUAGUAUUGAAUUGGGAUCAAGACCGGGCUGGUUCUAUAGAAGAAGAAGAGGCUUAUACUUCCCUCGCUGAAGUAAGGGUAAACGAUCUGAUUCGAAAUUUUAUAAGAAUUGAUUUGGUGAAGUCUCCUAUUUCGUCUACUGGAAAAGAGAAUGAUAUGGCGGGUUCAGGAUUGAUUCCUAAUAAUGGAUCAGAUCGCAUCAAUACCAAUCCUUUUUUUUCCAAGGCGAAGACUCAAUCACUUAGCCAACAUCAAGGAACUAUUCGUACAUUGCUGAAUAGAAAUAAGGAAGGCCAGGGCGAAUCUCUUAUGGUUUUGUCAUCAUCCAAUUGUUCUCGAAUUGGUCCAUUGAAUGGUUCGAAAUAUCACAAUGUGACAAAAGAAUCAAUUCAAGAGGAUCCCAUGAUUUCAAUUAGGAAUUCGUUGGGUCCGUUAGGGACUGUACCUAACAUUUUGAAUUUUUCCUCAUCUUAUCAUUCAAUAACUCAUAAUGAGAUCUUGUUCAAUAAAUAUUUACUACCUGACAAUUCAAGAGAGACUUUCCUAGUACCUAAAUCUUAUUUCAUGGAUGAAAAUAGAAGGAUUUAUAAUCUUGAUCCAUGCAGUAACAUCAUUUUGACUCCAUUCAAUUUGAAUUGGUGCUUUCUCCAUCACGAUUAUUGGGAAGAUACAUCAACAAUAAUUAGCCUUGGACAGUUUCUUUGUGAAAAUAUAUGUAUAUCCAAAGACGGACCAUGCGUAAAAUCUGGUCAAAUUAUAAUUGUUCAUGUUGACUCUUUAGUAAUAAGAUUAGCUAAGUACCAUUUGGCUACCCGCGGAGCAACCGUUCAUGGUCAUUAUGGAGAAAUCCUUUACGAGGGAGAUACAUUAGUUACUUUUAUAUAUGAAAAAUCAAGAUCUGGUGAUAUAACUCAAGGUCUUCCAAAAGUUGAACAAGUGUUAGAAGUUCGUUCGAUUGAUUCAAUAUCGAUGAACCUAGAAAAGAGGGUUGAAGGCUGGAACGAACGCAUAACAGGAUUUCUUGGAAUUCCCUGGGAAUUCUUUAUUAGUGCUCAGCUAACCAUAGUGCAAAGUCGUAUCUCUUUGGUUAAUAAGAUCCAAAAGGUUUAUCGAUCCCAGGGGGUGCAGAUCCAUAAUAGGCAUAUAGAAACUAUUGUACGACAAAUAACAUCAAAAGUCUUGGUUUCAGAAGAUGGAAUGUCUAAUGUUUUUUCACCCAGAGAACUAAUCGGAUUGUUGCGAGCAGAAAGAAUAGGUCGUGCUUUGGAAGACGAUAUAUGUUACCGAGCUAUUCUAUUGGGAAUAACGAGGGCAUCUCUGAAUACUCAAAGUUUCAUAUCAGAAGCGAGUUUUCAAGAAACCACUCGGGUUUUAGCGAAAGCCGCUCUCCGAAGUCGUAUUGAUUGGUUGAAAGGCCUGAAAGAGAAUGUUGUUCUGGGGGGGAUGAUACCUGUUGGUACCGGAUUCAAAGGAUUCGUUCACCACUCCAGGGAACACAACAACAUUUCUUUGGAAAUAAAAAAGAAGAAUCUAUUCGAUGGGAAGAUGAGAGAUAUUUUGUUCUACCACAGAGAAUUUUGUGGUUCGUGCAUCCCAAAGAAUUUUCAUGAUACAUCAGAACAAUAA